UGUGCCCCACUCCUUGUUCCUGAUUUAAUCCGAGUUUCUCCGGAAGCGUGCUCUGAAUCGGAUAUUGUGCCCCGCGGGACAGUCUGUACUUUGAACUGUCAUUUCGACCUGACGUUAGAAGGGGACAAUGAACCUCUGACUUGCCUCAAUACGGGAGAGUGGGAUCGUGAACUCAAUACAGUGUCACUCCUGUGCAAGGAUGAAAUCCCCCCUACACUCAUCUAUUGCCCACCACAUAUCAUGGCUACUCGUACUGAGUAUUGGGGUGUAGAGGAGAGUUUCUUCUACCCAUCAGCAGAAGAUAACUUUGACAUGGCACUACAAGUAACCACUGACCCUCUAGAUUUAACGUCCCCCUACACCUUCACGUCUGAUACAACAUGUACAUACACAUUCACUGAUGAUGCAGGGAAUAGUGUGUCUUGUGUCUUCAAAAUUGACAUCACUAAUGAAGUUCAACCAGUUAUCACGUCAUGCCCAUCUGGUCGUGAAAUGAAUACAAGUGAAAGAGUCGGUUUUGUCGACUGGGAAAAACCCUUGUACAUGGAUAUGCCCGGUGUUGAGUUGGUGACAUCUUGCAACACUCCAAAAAGUCCUGUAGAACUUCCUUGGGGAGAUCAUGACAUCAUGUGCCAUGUUACCGACCCUGACAGUGGUUGGCAGGCUGCGUGCAGAAUGCCCUUCAAAAUCAGACCCAUUUCCUGCGCAGCUCUUGCCAUCCCUGCACAUGGAGCACUGGCCUGUGACAACUUUGCCUUUGGUCGGUCCUGCAGUGUUCUCUGUGAAGAAGGCUAUGAUGUCCCACGUGUAAGGUCUAGGCAAGGAAGUACAAGCACCAUGAAAUUGUUCAUCUGCGGUAACUCUGGAUUAUGGUUUCCUCAACAUCUUGUUCCUGACUGUUCAGAAACAAGGUCAUCCAGACAUAAUCUACCCCUGAUAAUGUACUACCCAUCACCAUGCUCUCACCAUGACACAGCAAGCACGGAGACAAUAGCUACAAAGUUUCUUCAGAUCAUACGGCAGAGUUAUUUCCAUGAUAUUUGCACAGACAAUCACCUGUGUACAGUUGACAAUGUUAAUGUAUCAUGUGAUAGCAUGACCGACCGUAGAAGGCGCUCCAUUUCUGACACCAACAUGGAAAUGGCAUCACAACGUGAAGGGUCUGACAUGAAGGUUACCAUGUUGCUCCAGGUUUCUCCCCCAAACAAUCACAAUCGUGGUAUUGACGGAGAAGGUAAAGGGGCUGCGGAAAUUCUUCAUCGUCUUGCACAACACAUACACAGUCACAUUCAGCACCACAUCAUGGAAGCUGAUGGCCCAGAAGGGACUAUGGAAGAGGGAGAGGACGUUCGUGAGGAACCUGGACAUCAGCAGUUUAAACCGGAAGCAACUCUACUCCUUGGAGACAUCUCAUUGGAAUGCGAUCGAGGACAUUAUCUAAACAAAGAUCUACAAACAUGUGUACCUUGCCCUGCUGGAUAUUAUCUGGAUGUCACAUCAGAGAUCUGUACUCCGUGUGAACAAGGUUUCUUCCAGGAUGAUCAGGCUCAAACUGACUGUAAGCCAUGUAAGAAUGGAACCUCGACACGAAACCAAGGAGCAACUCAUUCGGAUCAUUGCGAAGGUACCAACAAGAGGCUAUUACUGUAA